AUGACUCAAUCGUGGUUCUACAAAAGGUUGGGAAAUGGCCUCGGCACAAAGAUUCUCCGCACAUGGCUCGUCUACUCUCCAACGAAGGGCGCAGCUUACUGCUUCUGCUGCCUUCUCUUCGCCAGAGCUGAUGGACACAAUUCAGCACUGACGUCCUCCCAAGGAUUCACGAAGUGGAAAAAUAUAGAAAGGAUGGAUGCUCAUGAAAAUGCUCCGUCUCAUAGAGCCUGUUUCGCUGAUUGGAAAGAGCUCGAAAGAAAUCUGAGAACUAAUAGCGCUAUCGAUAUCGAAGUGCAAUCAGUGUAUGCAACCGAGAAACAGAAAUGGAGGUAUGUUCUCAGCAGAAUAAGUCACUGCAUCAAAUUCCUGGCUACACAGAAUUUGCCACUCAGAGGCCACCGGGAAAACCAAUGCGAAGACGUGGGUAAUAUCGGGAAUUUUCUCGGCCUAAUGAAGCUCGUCGCAAACUUCGACCCAAUCAUCAAGGACCACAUGACUCGCGUCUCGGGGAAAUCCGGGCUCGACGUCCUAUCUGGGGUCUAG